GGUCUCCCAAGAAACUCGUUGAGGUUGAUUAUUUGAUACUUACCCUCGAUUGCACUAAUCUUCUUCAGUUCUUAUUUUCAUCUUUCUUGAAAACGGAAAAUGUCUUGCUGCGGAGGAAACUGUGGCUGCGGUUCUAGCUGCAGCUGCGGCAGCGGCUGUGGAGGAUGCAAGAUGUACCCUGACAUGAGCUACACAGAGACCACCAGCACCGAGACUCUUAUCGUUGGUGUUGCUCCCCAGAAGACACACUUUGAGGGAUCUGAGAUGGGCGUUGGGGCUGAGAAUGGCUGCAAGUGCGGAUCCAACUGCACCUGUGAUCCUUGCAAUUGUAAAUGAGAGAGAUCUAGUCUUUGAAGCAGAGAUGGCCUUGCCUUUAUGAAACUAAUAACUAGCAUUUAGUCGUCAUAUCUAUGUAUGCGUGUUGUGUUUUCUCUAUGUUUCGUUUCCUUUUAAGACUGAUAUUGAUAAAAAUAAAGUAGCAUGGCUCUCUCUUUCUGCAAAGCUUACUAGUCUAAGGUUUGCUGUUACCCUGAAGCUUUGGCUGCUUGCUUGGUGUCUGUUAACUUUCUUAAGUCGUGUAUGCUUGUUGGGGGAUCUCUGCUUUAGUUGGCGAAUAUUUAUGUGGGAAGAGUUGGUUUUUUUAUAAUCCAAUGAAAAAUUGAAUACUCCUUUCGUCUAAA